UAUAAGGAUCUUGAAUUCUUUUUGCUUUCUAUUCUAUUGUACUAUCUCGUGGUUGGUAGAGGAUAAUUGUGUAAAAGACAGUGAAAAUAAUAGAUGAAAAAUUGAGAACAAAGCAACGAAAUCACAACCAGUGGGUUAACUUUGCAUGACUUUUGCAAGAAAGAGGAGUUAAUUGGAUGAUUUUGAGUUUUUAUUUGAAGCUUACAAUUCAUGAAGCUUUGCUAUUUGACAAUGGAGAAGUGAAGCUUUGAUAGUAGUGAUAGAAAUAGUGACAAUUGGGAUUUUGGGGUGUAACUUUGUAUUAUGACACAGAUGCGUUUUCUUUUAGAAUAUAAGCUUUGCUAUUUGACAAUAGCUGAAUGAAAAGAAGACAGAUGCGUUUUCUAGAAUAUAAUUAAGGCUAUGGUUCCUUUUAGAAUUUGGUUAGUCUCUCUCUUUUAAAGUCAUACUUAUUGGUAAAUUGUUAGUAUGUUAUUAAUUGUAUAAAUUGAAUAGUGAAUUUUAAUUGGUAGUGAAAAUUGUUAUUGAUUUGUGUGUAAUUGCAUGAAUUGUUAGUAAAAUUAAAUUGUCUGAACUAUUAAUAAAUUUUAAUUGCAGAAAUUGAUCUUAACUUGUGUGAUAAUAUAAUUUGACCAAAUUUAUAGACAAAACUAUAUGCGCAUGUUCGAAUUGUUUAGUAGCCAUGUUCUUUUGAGUUUGCGAUUCGAGCUUUGUAUAUGUAAGUUAACUUUUUACCAUUGGAAAAUAAAUAUGAACUCUGCUGUUUUUUAUGAUUGUUUUUGGUGGGAAGCAGUGAUUUAGAUGUUCCGAUCAAGAAGUUUGCAAAGAAGAAAAAGAAAUUGGUUAGGAACAAUGCGAUGCAAGUACAGGUUGUGGAUCCGCAAUUGUUGGAUGACAUUAACAAAUCAUGUGGUCAUAAGGAUAUUGAAAAUAGAGAAGUCUGCAUACAAGUUCAAGACACACAGAAUCAAGGAGAAGAACAUUUAUCUGGUCAUAAUAAGAAAAGGAAAAGAAAAAAUUGGUUACCAGGGAGCCGCUUCAGAAAGGGGGAAUGAGCUCGAAGAAUGCUAACACAUUAGGAAAAAAUAAAGUUGAAAUCACUCUUAAUCCUAGGCAUACUGUUCAACAGUUUAUGCAACUAAUUAAAGGUUUGGAGGGACAAGAUGAUAAGCUAAGAGCGAUAAGGGAUAUGGGAUUCGGAGGCCUCAUGCAUCUUAACUUUCCAAGGAAUGACACAGUAUUCGCGGCAAAACUUAUGAGGGAUUUUGACCCCUAUGGGAUGUGCAUACUUUUAGAUAGGAACAGAGACAUUAAGGUCGAUGCAAUUGAUGUCCAUCUCGUAUAUGGUAUUUCUAUUGGAGGGGAAGUCAUUGUUGAGGGAAAAGACGAGGACGAGAAGUUUUAUGAAUUGUUGGAAAAUUGGAAACAGUAUCAUGGUGGUGGAGUUCCUAGUCUGAAAGCUAUAGUCGAGAAACUUCUUAAUCAUGGCGUUAAUGUUGAUGACAAUUGGAGGAGGAGCUUUUUGGUUUUAGUAGUUAACACAUGCAUCAAGUCUAACUCAAACACCCAACCACUGUAUCGAUUUCUUAGUACUACCUUUGACACCACGCGUAUAUCUUCAUAUGACUGGUGUAAAUAUACGUUGGAUAGCUUAUCUGAAUGGGCAAUUUACUGGAAGAAGAACACUACAAGGUUCUUCCCGGGGCCAUUACCCUUCCUCAUGAUUUGUUAUUUUGAUCGACUGCAAAGGCAAACUUUUUCUCAUACUAGAUUGUUUCCGCUCAUCUCGUCAUGGCGUUUAGAGGACAUUAAGAAAAGGAUAUCUUCUGAAUCUGAGUAUGGUUUUGGUUGUGGAGCUUUGUUGGAUAGGAUUGAGAAGCCAGUAAAUAUGGAUAUCUCAAUACCAACUCAUCUCUUGAGCGAAGAAGGACAAUCGUGCCAACGACAAUGCGAAGAAGAGCAACACCCUCAGGUAGACGAUCCUCAAUCAACCAAUGAACAACAGAAUCAUAAACAUCAGGCAGAGGAACAAGAACACCUUGAACCUCCAUCCAAUCUGCAUGAAAUUAACACCCAAUUGAGAGAGGCAACGUUAAACAUUGCUUUGUGUUUCGUACGGGUUACAACCCUCUUGAAAUCUGUCGAGAAUUUUUACCCAAACACUUUGAUAAAUAAUAUCAUGAUGCAAAAUGUUGCAACAAUGUGGUCAAGGUGCUCUGGUUCGCAAAUGCCUCCGAUAUUCAACAGUUUUCGAAGAAGUGUGUCGGAGGUUCGUUAUUGA